CCGGUGCCAACGACGCGCCCGCCGGCUGAAUCUGAGCUCCACCGAGCCUCAGACCACGACUCACCUGCACUCGCCUCACGAUCGUUCUUAGUUCUCCCUUCUCAUCUGUAUCUUGCAUUUUCCAUCAGAGAACCAUCAAAAUGGCCGACCAAAACAUCUCCCAGUACAAAUACUCGGCGAUGUCCAACCUGGUUCUCCAGGCGGACCGUCGUUUCAUCUCUCGCGUCAACGAUGAACCCACCGGUGACCCGGAGUCCCUCGCCGGCCGCAUCAGCAUUCGGGAAAUGGGCUCGAGGAUGGCGCGUGACGAUGCGCCGAAGACGAAAAAGAAGGCCGGCUUGACGGAUAUCGAGCGAGGGUCCAUCCGCGAAGGCGAGGAUGUCCUCGCUCGCGAACAGAGAAAGACCCAGCGGGGUCAACCGGCGCAAGUACGCGGCCAGGGCAUUCUGUCUGCUGCCGAUGCCCUCGUCGAGGGCCUGAAGUACCGUCCGCGCACCCCUGCCACUCGAGCCACCUAUGACCUCAUCCUCACAAUGACCGCCAGCCAUCUGGGCGACGUACCACACGAAGUGGUCCGCAGUGCGGCCGAUGCAGUGCUGGAGUUGCUCAAGGACGAGGAUAUGAAGGAUUUCGACAAAAAGAAGGAGAUCGAUGACUUGCUGGGCAGUUCGAUGAAUCCUAAGGAGUUUAAUGAGCUUGUCAACCUGGGCAAGAAGAUCACGGAUUACGAUGCCCAGGAUGAUGACGAAGAGAUGGGCGACGGUCUGGCUGGCGAAGGAGAGGCGGAAUUGGAUGAGCGCCAGGGUGUUGCUGUCGUUUUCGACGAGGAGGACGAGGACGAUGAGCGCAUGGGCACUCUGGACGAGGUCCGCGACGACGACGAACUUUCUGAAGACGAAGCCGACCAACAGGAUGUCCCUGGUAUUGAUGACGCAACGACCGAGAAAGCAGACCUUGAAGGAUUAGAGGAUACUGAAGAGAUGGUCAUCGACGGCGGAUUAGACCGUGGUGAUGAACGCCGCAACAAGAAAACCACAGUUCUUGCACGAGAAAUCGAUGCUUACUGGCUUCAGCGCCAAAUUGGCAACGCAUACCCAGAUGCUCACGUACAACAUGAGAAGGCGACCCAAGCGCUCGAGAUUCUCGGAGGUAAAGGAGAGGAUGGCGAGGUGCGACCUCUUCGCGACGUGGAAAAUGACUUGAUGGAUCUCUUCGAUUAUGAGCAGCCCGAGCUUGUCGCCACUUUGGUCACCAACCGCGACAAGAUUGUAUGGGUCACCCGUUGGCGUCGAGUCGCUGAAGAUGCGGAUGCCCGCCAUCUAAUCGAGAGUGAAAUGGUUGAAGCUGGACACCGCGCUAUCUUGGACGAGAUCCGGGGCAAGACCAACCGCGAUGAAGGCGCGAGUCGUCCCUCGAAGAAGAUCAAGCUAGAACUGAUGGAUGUGGAUGUUCCCAACGCUCCUCAGCAGCCGGAAGAGAAGAAGGAGGAGGGAGGAUUGGUCCGGGGCCUGCAGCCGAAGAGAUUGAUUAACCUGGAGAACCUUGUGUUCCAUCAAGGUAAUCACUUAAUGACCAACCCUAGUGUCAAGCUGCCCCAGGGCUCGACGAAGCGGACAUUCAAGGGAUAUGAGGAAAUUCACGUGCCUCCUCCCCAGGCUAAGAAAGAGCCUGGCGAGAAGAAUCUUCCUACGACCGAGCUGCCCGAGUGGGCUCGCGUUGGCUUUGGAAGUUCGAAGGAACUCAAUCGGAUCCAAUCCAAGUGCUUUCCGACCGCUUUUCACGACGAUGGCAACGUGCUUGUCUGUGCCCCCACCGGUUCAGGAAAGACUAAUGUUGCCAUGCUUACCAUCCUCCGCGAGAUUGGCAAGAACCGGAACCCGCAGACGGGAGAGAUCAUGCUGGAUGACUUCAAGAUCAUCUACAUCUCUCCCUUGAAGGCCCUGGUACAGGAACAGGUCGGAAACCUCGGCAAACGUCUUGAGCCUUAUGGCAUCAAGGUGGCGGAACUGAGCGGUGAUCGUCAACUUACGAAGCAACAAAUUGCUGAGACUCAGAUUAUCGUCACGACUCCUGAGAAGUACGAUGUCAUCACUAGAAAGGCUUCGGAGACGAGUUACACCAGACUCGUCCGUCUGAUCGUCAUUGACGAAAUUCACCUUCUCCACGACGAGCGUGGUCCUGUCAUCGAGAGUAUCGUUAGCAGAACCAUCCGCAAAGUAGAACAGACUGGCGACCCAGUCCGAAUUGUUGGUCUGAGUGCUACGCUCCCUAACUAUCGGGAUGUUGCCAGCUUCCUGCGUGUUGAUCCUGCGAAGGGCCUGUUCCACUUCGAUGGCUCCUACAGACCUUGUCCUCUCAAACAGGAGUUCAUUGGCGUUACGGAUAAGAAGGCCAUCAAGCAGCUGAAGACCAUGAACGAUAUUUGCUACAACAAAGUCCUUGAGCAAGUCGGACAAAAAAGGAACCAGAUGCUCAUUUUCGUCCACUCUCGAAAGGAGACCGCCAAGACCGCCAAGUACAUCAGAGACAAGGCUCUUGAGAUGGAGACCAUCGGCCAGGUUCUGCGCAGUGAUGCUGCAAGCAGAGCUAUCUUGGCUGAAGAGGCUGAGUCGGUUGAUGACGCCUCGCUCAAGGAUCUGUUGCCUUAUGGAUUUGGUAUUCACCAUGCCGGUCUCAGUCUUGCUGAUCGAGACUCCGUCCAGGCGCUUUUCGCCGACGGCAGCAUCCAAGUCCUCGUAUGUACCGCAACUCUUGCCUGGGGUGUCAACUUGCCUGCCCACACAGUUAUUAUCAAGGGAACUCAGAUCUAUUCGCCUGAGAAGGGUAGCUGGGUCGAACUCAGCCCUCAAGAUGUCCUGCAGAUGCUGGGUCGUGCUGGACGACCUCAAUACGAUACCUUCGGUGAAGGUAUCAUUAUUACGACGCAAACCGAAAUCCAGUAUUACCUCUCCCUCUUGAAUCAGCAGUUACCAAUCGAGAGUCAGCUCGUGAGUAAGCUUGCUGACAAUAUGAAUGCCGAGAUCGUUCUCGGAAACAUCCGUACUCGUGACGAGGGAGUUGAUUGGCUGGGUUACACCUACUUGUUCGUCCGCAUGCUCCGCUCACCUGGCCUCUACAGUGUGGGAGCAGACUAUGAAAAUGAUGACGCCCUUGAACAAAAGCGCGUUGAUCUUGUUCACUCUGCGGCUGUGAUUCUGGAAAGAGCAGGCCUUGUAAAGUACGACAAGAAGACGGGUCGUAUGCAAUCCACGGAGCUUGGUCGUAUCGCCUCCCACUACUACAUCGGCCACAACUCCAUGUUGACCUACUCUCAGCACCUCCAGCCUAACAUCACCACAAUCGAGCUGUUCCGAAUUUUCGCUCUUAGCGACGAGUUCAAGUACAUUCCGGUCCGUCAGGAUGAGAAGCUGGAACUUGCGAAGCUACUUGGUCGUGUACCUGUCCCUGUCAAGGAAGGAAUCGACGAGCCCCAUUCUAAGAUCAAUGUCUUGCUCCAAGCUUACAUCUCUCGCCUCAAGCUGGAAGGACUUGCCCUGAUGGCCGAUAUGGUUUAUGUUACCCAAUCAGCUGGUCGUAUUCUGCGCGCUAUUUUCGAGAUCUCAUUGAAGAAGGGAUGGUCAUCCGUAGCCAAGACUGCUCUUAACCUGUGCAAGAUGGCUGAGCGGCGCAUGUGGCCCACGAUGACACCCCUCCGUCAGUUCCCGUCCUGUCCAAGAGACAUCUUGCAGAAGGCGGAGAGAAUCGACGUCCCCUGGGGUAGCUACUUCGACCUUGAUCCUCCUCGCAUGGGUGAGCUCCUGGGUAUGCCCAAGGCUGGACGUGUUGUCUGCGAUCUUGUCUCCAAGUUCCCUCGCCUGGAGGUUCAGGCCCAGGUUCAACCCGUCACUCGCUCCAUGCUACGGGUCGAGCUGACGAUCACUCCUAACUUCGUUUGGGACGAGACUCUACAUGGCUCUGCUCAAGACUUCUGGAUUCUUGUGGAGGAUUGCGAUGGAGAGGAGAUCUUAUUCCAUGACCAGUUCCUUCUACGGAAAGACCACGCACAAUCCGAGAUGAACGAGCAUCUCGUUGAGUUCACCGUUCCCAUCUCUGAGCCUAUGCCUCCGAACUACUUUAUUUCGCUGGUAUCUGACCGCUGGAUGCACUCGGAAACCAAGAUUGCCGUUUCCUUCCAAAAACUGAUCCUUCCCGAACGUUUCCCGCCCCACACUCCUCUCUUGGACAUGCAAAGGGCACCAGUGAAGGCAUUGAAGCGCGAAGACUUCCAGCAGCUGUACCCCGACUGGCAGUUCUUCAACAAGAUCCAGACGCAGACUUUCAAGUCUCUCUUCGACACAGAUGACAACGUGUUUAUUGGUGCUCCCACGGGUAGCGGAAAGACUGUGUGUGCCGAGCUUGCCUUGCUGCGUCACUUGUCUCAGCAGGAUAGCGGCCGUGCUGUGUACCUUGCUCCAUUCCAAGAGCUCGUUGACCAGCGUCUGGCGGACUGGCAGAAGCGACUGAGCCAGCUUUCCGGCGGCAAGAACAUCGUCAAGCUUACUGGCGAAACCACCGCCGAUCUCAGACUUCUGGAACGAGCCGAUCUCGUUCUUGCCACACCAAGUCAGUGGGAUGUCUUGUCUCGGCAAUGGCGGAAGCGCAAGAACGUCCGGACAGUGCAGCUCUUCAUCGCCGAUGAGCUGCACAUGCUCGGAGGCUAUGGCGGAUACGUGUAUGAAGUGGUAGUUUCGCGUAUGCACUCCAUGGCACUGGAGAUCGAGAAUGGCAUGCGCAUCAUUGGCUUGAGUGUGCCUCUUGCGAACGCUCGCGACAUUGGCGAGUGGAUUGGUGCCAACAAGCACACGAUCUACAACUUCAGCCCUCACGCCAGACCAGUGCCAUUGGAACUCCACAUCCAAUCCUUCACCAUCCCGCACUUCCCUUCCCUCAUGCUCGCCAUGGCCAGACCAGCAUACCACUCCAUCCUGCAGUUGUCUCCUGAUAAGCCGGCCAUUGUCUUCGUGCCUAGCCGCAAGCAAACCCGUGCUACUGUCAUGGAUCUGUUGGCUGCUUGUGCCACGGAUGACAAUGAGGACCGAUUCCUCAACGCGGAUGUGAACGAGCUUGCUCCUCUUCUUGGCCGCAUUCAAGAACAGACGUUGGCCGAGUCUCUUUCCCACGGCAUCGGCUAUUACCAUGAGGCUUUGAGUGCUACUGAUAAGCGCAUCGUGUCUCACCUCUUUUCCAUUGGCGCUAUUCAGGUUCUCCUCGCUUCCCGUGAUGUUUGCUGGGAGCUCGACCUGACGGCACAUCUGGUGAUUGUCAUGGGCACUCAAUUCUUCGAGGGCCGUGAGCACCGCUACAUUGACUACCCAAUCAGUGAGAUCCUUCAGAUGUUCGGCAAGGCUUCUCGUCCCGGCGAUGACAAGCUUGGUCGUGGCGUGCUCAUGGUGCCUGCUGUCAAGCGCGAUUAUUACAAGAAGUUCUUGAACGAGGCUUUGCCUGUCGAGAGUCACUUGCAGGCUUACUUGCAUGAUGCGUUUGUUACCGAGAUUAGCACGAGAACAAUUACCUCGACUCAAGACGCCAUUGAUUGGAUGACGCACACCUACUUUUACCGCCGCCUGCUGGCUAACCCGAGCUUCUACGGCCUGACCGAUGUCAGCCACGAGGGUCUUAGUACAUUCCUCUCUGAGCUGCUUGAAAACACCCUGAAGGAAUUGUCAGAUGCCAAGAUCGUGGAUUUGGAUGAGGAAGACGACAGUGUUGCUCCUCUGAACGCCGCCAUGAUUGCCUCCUACUACAACAUCUCCUUUAUCACUAUGCAGACCUUCCUCCUCUCCCUGUCAGCUCGUACCAAGCUCAAGGGCAUUCUGGAGAUCAUCACUUCCGCCACGGAGUUUGAAAACAUUCAGAUGCGUCGUCACGAGGACCACAUUCUUCGCCGCGUGUAUGAUCGUGUACCGGUCAAGAUGGCUGAGACCUCCUACGACUCGCCCCACUUCAAGGCAUUCGUGCUGCUGCAGGCUCAUUUCUCGCGCAUGCAACUGCCUAUUGAUCUCGCCAAGGACCAGGAAAUCAUUGUCAGCAAGGUGCUCAACCUCCUUAGUGCGUGUGUGGAUGUCCUCUCGUCGGAGGGUCAUUUGAACGCGAUGAAUGCGAUGGAGAUGUCACAGAUGGUUGUCCAGGCCAUGUGGGACCGGGAUAGUCCAUUGAAGCAGAUUCCUCACUUUGGCCCCGAGGCUAUCAAGGUGGCGAAUGAGUAUAACAUCAACGACAUCUUCGAGUUUAUGGAAGCCAUGGAUCCUUCCGAGAACAAGGACUACGCGACAUUGAUCAAGCGUCUUGGUCUGGACAACAAGCAGCUGGCCCAAGCCGCGGCGUUUACGAACGAGAAGUAUCCCAAUUUGGAGCUUGACUUCGAGGUUGAGGAUCCCGAGAACAUCACUUCGGGCGAGCCGGCCUAUCUCAAGAUCAAGAUCGAGCGAGAGGUGGAGGAGGACGAAGAGCCUGAUACGACCGUGCACGCACCAUUCUACCCUGGCAAGAAAAUGGAGAAUUGGUGGUUGGUCGUCGGCGAUGAGAAGACCAAGAACUUGCUCGCUAUCAAGCGAGUCACUAUCGGCCGGAAGCUGGAUCUGCGUCUGGAAUACAUUGUUCCAACGCCUGGAGAGCAUGAGCUGACGUUGUACCUGAUGAGUGACAGCUAUGUAGGUGUGGAUCAAGCUCCUACUUUCUCGGUCACGGCGGCGGAGGGUAUGGAUGAGGACGAGAGUGAAGAGGAGGAGGAGGAAGAGUAGACAAUCCCUCCCAUGGUCUGAAUUUGGAAGCUUUUGUAUGAUUGUCUGUAAUUAUAUGUUCUAAUGGGG